AUGAUUGGUAACUAUCUACCUCUAGAAGAAGGUGAAGAGAAAGGACGACCCUUAUUACAUUGGGAUGACUGCUUUAGCUCUUUUGGGUUGCCAUUUAGACCAGUUCCGAUUGAUCUGCUCGAUUGUUGUAAUGGCUUGCUCUUAUUUCUGAACAUAGAAUCCAGACUAUAUUAUGUCUGUAAUCCAUUGACCAGGCAAUAUGUGUCAAUCCCUCGUCCUCCAUUUUUGAUGCAAACAUUUUGUUGUGGUGCACUUGCAUUCGAUCCCUCUCGUGGGUCAACUCGCUAUAAAGUUGUACGCGUUGACUGCUCCUUGUACCUAGCUGAUGUUUUUGUAGACAUAUACGAUUCGUUUGAGAGGUUUUGGGUUAGACGCGAACUAAAGUUGGACCCAUGCGUGCGCGAUGGCAUAUUGUUGAGGCCCUCGGUGUACUUCGAUGGGGAUUUAUUUCGAUUAUCCAAUACGUGGAACCUCAUGCGGUUUGAUGUGAAGAGUGUGAGUAUUAGCGUGACUGGCCUUCCUUUGAGUUAUAGAGAGUGUGAUGGCUUGAUGGGAUGCAUGGGAGUACAAAUGGGCCGGUUUAUGUACGCGAAUGAAUCGUGCAACGUGUUAUACGUAUGGUCGCUCGACAAUGAUGUACAGAGUUGGGAUUUGAAGCACAAAAUUAAUAUUUAUGAUUUGACCAGUGGUAUUUUGCUUAACAAAGCAGAUGCCCCUCCUGGUUGUCGUUGGAUUGGGCCGGUUGCAUUUGAUCCACACUCAAAUGUCAUCUACGUGGGCAGCUCUCUUGUUAUCCUCAGAUGCAACCUGGAUGAGGAUAAUAGUUUGGAGGAGAUGAGUAGAGUGGAUGGGAAUGUCAUGUUUCUUCCUGGAUGCCACUGUCAAGCUUUUCCUUACAUUCGAUGGCUUCUUCCAUUCACUGAUGCUGGAGAUGCUUGUGAUAGGAGUUUUUUGAAGUUUGUUUGA